GGAUAACCCGACAUCGGUACUACUGCGUUUACCCUCCGAGUCCGAGCUUCUCAACUACCACACUAAACAGUUGACUGGUAGAGACGAUCCCCCAAAAAUGGCAAGUUCCACAGUCUCCUUCAUCAUCAUCAUCAUCACCACCGUCCUUUUGCCAUCCCUCUCUUCACAGCUGUCCGAUCUCUUCCCUUCCAACAACCCACCGCCCUUCCUCGGCAAGCAUUCACACCCAAUCAAACAACCCAACCACCACCAACAAUACCGUUAUGAAACCCGGUAUUUUUCCCAACCGUUGGACCACUUCAGCUUCUUGGACCUCCCCAGGUUCCGACAACGUUACCUUAUCAACACUGAACACUGGGUCGGCCCUUCCCGUUCCGGCCCAAUCUUCCUUUACUGCGGCAACGAAGGUGACAUCGAAUGGUUCGCCGUUAACACCGGUUUUGUAUGGGACAUCGCUCCCCGCUUCGGUGCCAUGAUUCUAUUCCCAGAGCAUAGGUAUUAUGGGGACUCAAUGCCGUUUGGAAGUAAAGAAGAAGCUUAUAGAAAUGCCACUACCCUUUCUUAUCUAACAGCAGAGCAAGCCCUUGCUGAUUUCGCCGUUCUCAUUACUGAUUUGAAGAAGAAUUUGUCUGCUGAAGGGUGUCCCGUUGUUUUAUUCGGCGGCUCCUAUGGAGGAAUGUUAGCAGCAUGGAUGAGGCUCAAAUACCCUCAUGUUGCUGUUGGGGCACUUGCUUCAUCAGCUCCGAUUCUUCAGUUUGAAGAUAUUGUGCCACCUGAAACGUUUUAUAACAUUGUCUCCAAUUCAUUCAAGCGGGAAAGUAGUAGCUGCUUUGACACCAUUAAAAACUCAUGGAAUGCAUUGAGGUCCGAGGGUCAGAAGGAGGAUGGCCUUAAGCAACUGUCUAAAACUUUUCACUUGUGCCGGGAACUUACAAGUGUCCAAGGUCUAUCAGACUGGUUGGAUUCUGCAUAUAGUUAUUUGGCAAUGGUUAAUUACCCGUAUCCUUCAAACUUUUUAAUGCCUUUGCCGGGACAUCCCAUAAGAGAGGUCUGCAAAAGGAUUGAUGGGUCUCCUGCCGGGUCUAGCAUUCUGGAGCGUAUAUUCAAUGGAGUAAGCGUAUAUUACAAUUAUACCGGAGAGGUUGACUGUUUUCAACUUGAUGACGAUCCUCAUGGCAUGGACGGUUGGAACUGGCAGGCAUGCACUGAGAUGGUUAUGCCGAUGUCUAGUGAUCAAAACACUAGCAUGUUUCCAGCAUAUGAUUGGGAUUACUCUGCUUUCCGAGAAGGGUGCCAGAGGGAUUUCCAGGUGACACCAAGGCCUAGAUGGAUAACAACCGAAUUCGGUGGACAUGAUAUUGAGCAUGUAUUGAAAUCCUUUGGAAGCAACAUCAUAUUCUCAAAUGGUUUAUUAGAUCCUUGGAGUGGUGGCAGUGUUCUGAAGAAUAUAUCUGAAACGAUUAUUGCUCUCAUCACAAAAGAAGGCGCCCAUCACAUUGACUUGCGUGCCUCUUUGACAGAGGACCCCGACUGGUUAGUGGAACAGAGGGCAACCGAGAUCAAGCUGAUCCAAGGUUGGAUUUAUAACUAUAGUAAGAAAAUGAAAGCAACCUUUGAGAUAUAGAUAUAAUUUGUGUAAAUAUAGGCUCUAAGGUAUGCUUCUGGCCAUGUUUCUAUGGGUUAACCUGCAAUGGAUGCACUCAUUUUAGAGGAAAACUGAUGCUUUGUGAGAGCUAUGAAAUGUCUGUCUGUCUCUCUCCAUAUAUGAUCACUAUGUCAUUGCAAUA